UCAAAGAUGAACUUUUUUGGCGAGGAGAAUCCAAAGAAAUAAUAAUUCCCACCCAAUUUUGAUCGUUUCAAAAUUCCAACACUUUGUUCAUGGAGAAUAAAAAUCAGAAUUAAGAGUAAAUUCUUUCUUGCCUAACAAUCAAUAUAUAUAUAGAUAGAUAUACGUAGCAGUCAUUUUCCCUCGUGUUGGUUAUACACACUUUUCUCUUGCCCAGGGGAAGGAAAAAGGGGAAAAGAUCAAAUGAAAACUCAACUGAUGGAUAUGGCGGUUCAUGCUGUUCCAAUCAAGAAACUGCAGUGGCUCUCGUCUGUUUUUUGUGGGAUUUUUAUGUGCAAGAUUGUAUAUGACUUAACAGGAGCAAUAAGUGCUUCAUUUUUCAAGGGAUACAGCAAGCUUAGCAACAAAGAAAAGCUCGAAUGGAACAAUAGGGGGUUCUCCACUUUCCACUCCAUUGUCGUAGCUGCUGGUUCUCUGUAUCUGCUUCUGAUUUCAGAUCUCUUUGUCGAUAGUGAAGAUGUGUUGUUUGUCAACAAGUCCUCGACUCUGUCAGAAACCAUAAUGGGGGUAUCAAUUGGCUACUUUCUGUCUGACCUGGCAAUGAUUAUUUAUAAUUAUCCAGCUUUAGGUGGAAUUGAGUAUAUCCUACAUCAUGGGCUAUCCAUGUUUUCCAUCGUUCAGUCCCUCUUGAGUGGUCAAGCACAAUUUUACAUAUUCAUUGUCCUGUUUACAGAAAUCACUACCCCGUUUGUUAAUUUAAGAUGGCAUCUUGAUGUUGCUGGACUGAAGAAUUCAAAACUCUACAUUUACAAUGGUGUGGCGUUGUUCAUUGGGUGGUUGGUUGCAAGGAUCAUUUUGUUUGUGUUCCUAUUCUUCCACAUGUUUGUCCAUUUUGAUCAGGUGAAGAAAGUCUACUGGCUGGGGUUCUACAGCUUGAUUGCAAUACCUCCAGUGCUGUCCCUGAUGAACUUGUUCUGGUUCUGGAAAAUUGCGAGAGGUAUGAUAAAAACCUUGAGAAAGUCGAAACAGACCUAAAAUAGUGAUAACACUAUCUAGGACUUAAAUUCUUUAAAGCUGGCCGUUUUGAGACUGCGGUUUAUAGAAUCUAUAUGCUAGCAACCAACUGUAAAGUCGCCCUCCUCCUCUCCCCACGCUUUAGUCUGGAUUUUCCGAGCUAAAUACGCGAGGCUCGGACCCUUUUCUUGAUGAAAUCUUUGUACAGGGAUGGUUCUGUGUUCUUAUGAAAGUUUACUGCUUUUGCCAGUGUCA